UUAUCAGAAGAUCAGAGCUAGGAGACACUAGGGUUCAGAAGAAAAUCCCAUUCAUUCCUCGAUCACAGCUUGGAGAGACUAGGGUGUUGAAUGCUUUGAUUCUUCAUGGAAGCUCACAAUUCAAAUUCGGAGCUCCACAGCCCGUGUUUGGGAGCUGCAGAUAGUCAAAGGUUCGUCAACGAUGCCACUACCGUAAGACGUGCGAUUUCGGGAGGUGCACAUGGUCACGAGUGUACUUCUUCUGGUCGGAAUAUGGAUGGCGGCGCGCAGCUGGCAUCUGUAACGGUGGCGCCAGCUGGCGGUGCUGUAUUGGACGCCGGGAAAGCUGCAGAUGUGAAUGCUUCGCUGGCUAGGGUGAUCGGCACGGAGAAGAGGAAGAGGGGUCGGCCUCCGAGGGGGCAGUCUGCUGUGAAGCCUCCACCGCCGAAGAGGAAGAGGGAGGAGGAUGAGGAGGAAGAUGUUUGCUUUAUAUGCUUUGAUGGCGGUUCGCUUGUGCUCUGCGAUCGCAAGGGAUGUCCGAAGGCAUAUCACCCAGCUUGUAUCAAACGGGAUGAGUCAUUUUUCCGCUCCAAGGCUAAAUGGAAUUGUGGUUGGCAUAUUUGUAGUGUGUGCCAUAAGUCUUCCCAUUAUAUGUGCUAUACUUGUACAUAUUCAUUGUGUAAGAGUUGCUUUAGAAAUGCCGAUUACUUUUGUGUCCGAGGGUGCAAAGGAUUUUGCUCUACAUGCAUGAGAUUUAUCUUGUUGGUUGAAAACAAAGACGAGGCAAACAAGGAAACGGUUCAAGUAGAUUUUGAUGACAAAACUAGCUGGGAGUAUCUUUUCAAGGUAUACUGGAUUCUUUUGAAAGAAAAGUUAUCAUUAACAUCAAAUGAACUUAUUCAAGCAAAGAAUCCUAGGAAAGAAGCUGUUGCAACACAGUCCAAGCUCCAAUUAGCUAGUGCUCAUCUUUAUGCAAAUGAUAGUAAAGUUGUUAUUGGGAAGUCUUCUGAACAUAAAGAGCUGAAGAAUCACAAGGAAAUAGAAGAGUUAUCUAAGAAAGACUCUUUAAUUCCUGAAAAUUCAAACAUUGCCAAACUGGAUAAUGCUCAUCUUUGUGCGAAUGACAAGCCUUCUGAACACGUAGAGCUGAAGAAUGGCAAGGAAAUGGAAGAGUUAUUUAAGGGAGGUUCUUUAAUUCCUGAAAAUUCAAACAUUCCCCAAUUGGAUAAUACUCAUCUUUAUGCAAAUUAUAGUAAAGAUAUUAUUGGCAAGUCCUCUGAACAUUUGGAGCUGAAGAAUCACCAGGAAAGAAAAGAGUUAGGUAUGGAAGAUUCUUUAAUUCCUGAUAAACAUAACAAUGCCAAAUCAGAUAGUGUUCAUCCUUAUGCAAAUAAUAGUGAAGGUGUUACUGGUAAGUCAAUUGGACAUGUAGAGCUAAAGAAUAACAAGGGAAAGGAAGAGUUGGCUAAGGAAGAUUCUUUGAUUCUUGACAAUCCAGACAUUGCCAAAUCCGAAAAUGCCUGCAUUGGCAUUUAUAAUGAACAUUUGGGACAGACGAAUUCUGAUGAGCCUCAAAGCAAAGCUAAUGACUCAGUUAUGAAAGGAUACCCUGAAUGGGGAACUAAAGAGUUGUUGGAGUUUGUUGCAUAUAUGAAAAAUGGUGAUAUGUCACCUCUUUCUCAGUUUGAUGUUCAGGAACUUCUGUUAAAUUACAUAAAGAGGAAUAAUCUUCGAGAUCCGCACAAGAAGAGUGAAAUUCUUUGUGAUCUAAAGCUCAAGAAUCUGUUUGGAAAAUCACGUCUUGGACACAUUGAAAUGUUGAAGCUUAUUGAGUUCCACUUUCUUAUAAAGGACUGUACUCAGAAAAAUGCUUUUAUACCAGCUGGAAUUGUUGGGAGUAGCUCUAACCAUUUGGAGGCCAACGUAAGUAACUCGUCCUCGAGAAACAAAAAUAAGAGACGUAAACCAUGCAAAAAGGGUGAAGAAAAAGCUCCACAAAAUAGUCUUGACGAGUACGCUGCAAUUGAUGCCCAUAAUAUAAAUCUUAUAUAUUUACGGCGUGGUUUGAUGGAAAAUAUCUUGGAAGACGGGGAGAAGUUCCAUGAUAAAGUCAUAGGGUCCAUUGUUCGUAUAAAAAUAUCUGCAAAUGAUCAGAAGCUGGAUAUGUACAGGCUUGUCCAUGUUGUAGGUACGUGCAGAGUGACCACACCAUACAAGAUUGGAGAGAAGACAACAAAUAUAAUGCUUGAAGUACUGAAUCUGGACAAAAGAGAGGCUGUAUCUAUUGAUACUCUUUCCGAUCAAGAAUUCUCUGAGGAUGAAUGUAGACGAUUACGUCAAAGUAUUAAGUGUGGGCUCGUAAAACCGAUGACUGUUGGUGAGAUACAGAAGAAAGCAAUGGAACUCCGGCCUGUGAAACUAAGUGAUUCCUUGGAAUCAGAGAUACUGCGGCUCAACCAUCUUCGCGAUAGAGCAAGUGAAAAUGGGCGUAAGAAAGAAUAUCCUUUGGUGGUGCAGUACAUGCUUAUUUGGGAUGCCUUGACAAUUUGCACUCUCAGAGAAUGUAUAGCAAAGUUGCAGCAAUUGAAGACGGCUGAGGAACGUCAUAGGAGAAUGCUUGAAAUUCCUGAGGUGCAUGCUGAUCCAAUGAUGAACCCUAAUUAUGAAUCAGAAGAUGUUGGACAACCUAAUGACAAGAAACAAGAUGAAAAUCUGAGGCAAAGAAACAUCAGGUUUGAUAAGGUGAAUGAGAGCAAGCUAACCCAUCCUCCCAUAAAGAAAGCUAAAGCAGAAGGUGCUGUUAUUGCACUGAUGGCCCCACAUAGACCGAACGAAAAAGCAGAUACAUCAGGAGCCCAUAUUUCGGAGAAACGACUUAACCAGACGUCCACUUGUAGUUCAGUGAUUAGUGAUCAACAAGUAGAUCAGGCAGCAGUUAGAUGUGAACCUGAAACUUCAAUUCCAAGUCGUUCAAUAGCAAAUUCGACCCCUCCUCCUCUGGAUAGUGAUGGAACAGAAAAAUUGUGGCAUUACCGUGAUCCUAGUGGGACCAUACAAGGGCCGUUUUCCAUGACACAGUUGAGGAGGUGGAGCAAAACAGGGCUUUUCCCACCUGACAUGAGGGUAUGGACAAGGGAUGAGCGUAAUGAAUCAAUACUUUUACGAGAUGCAUUGCACGGGCAAUCCCAUACACCACCUCAGAUUCCGGAUAUACACGGGCCAUCCCAUGCGCCACCUCAGAUUCCGGAUAUCGGGUGGCCUGCAAGUUCUAAUGGAACUUCUGUCAAAGAAAGUAAAGAGAAAGAUAGCCAUGAUGAUGAAGUAGUCCAUUUGAAUGCCGAUUUGAGUUCUCGUCCUUCGUUGCAAUGCUUGAAUUUGCUGCACGAAGACAGUUUAUCAUCUGAUAAACCUCAGGAGUAUAGCAGCAUGCAUCCUCCCCGUUCAUCAUCUAGUGAAGGACAACAGAUGGAAGUUGGUCAACAGGAACCCUGCAGUGACACCAUGUCUCAUCAUCCAACUGAUACAAUAGAACAUGAGAUGCAAUGUAACGGGCAGAGUUUCAUGGACCAACUGUUUGGUGAAAAUUGGGGAUCCUUAGAUCCCUUGCCCAUAACAGACUCAGAAGAUAUAGGCCCUUCCACCACACAGUUCGUGCAGGCUACCGCCAAGUCAGUUGACUCACCACCACCAGAGCAGGACGGCAGAGCAAAUAAUCUCUCAGAUCUUCCCAGCCCCACACCAAAAAAGAGUAAUUAUGAGAGCUGGGAAGUCCAAGCUGCAAAAGAACUACUCUCCUUGUCGUCAGACUUUCCUUUUCAUCAGCGUUCAAGUCCACCACCAAGAGCUAGCAGUGAACAUUCCCCUUCAACAAUUCCCGUUCAAGAUCAGGCGGGCCCACCCCAGAGCACUGUAUGUAGUUUAGUUCUUGACGGCUGGGAUCCUGGCCUUGUAUCUGUUCCAUCAUCACUUAAACCACCGGAUGUGACUCAUUCAUCUCUGCCCCACCCGAACGUAAUUGAGUUCAGUACUUUGGCCGAAGAGUCGGUGUCCGAUUUGUUAGCCGAAGUGGAUGCGAUGGAAUCAUCACAAGCCCAAAGCGGAGUAGGAGGCUCUUCUCCCACUUCGGCCAUGAGGUGUAGCGUGGAACUGAUGCUGUGGAGUAAGAGUGAUGACUGCUUUAACUCCAUCGAGGAGAUGAACGCCUCUGCACCUGACCCCACCACAAAGAAUGAUGCCUACAGUAGUUCCACGGCAGAUAUACAGCUGCGGGCCGCAAAUGAAAUGGUUCCCGUGGCGGCUUUUGAUCCUCUGUCGAGGAGGAGCAAUGGGCAUUCGUCCACGAGUAGUGCUGGAGAAACAAAGUCAACUGAUCUCUCCUUUGACUGCCGCAUGUCUUCCGGUGUAGCCUUGGGUGUGGGUCAAAGCAGAGGAUCCGAAGCUGGGGUCCCCAGCUGGGCUGUGGCUACACCAGGAGGAAACAUGAACUAUGGGGGUGCAUCCCAGUCAGAUCCUCACCAUGGACACACAAAUGCUGAAUCGAGGCAAGCUUGGAGAAACAAUCCAAACAUGAAGCGCAGUGGUUUUGAUGGGGGGAAUGUGACACCGGAUAACUACAGCCAAAGGAGGCAGUAUAGUGCAGAGAGGUUUUUUCCUCCUGGUCCAAAAGACCACUGGACAGGUCAAGGAGGGUACCCCGGUGGCGGCAGUGGUGGCAGGACUAGUAGACCCACCACCUGGAAUAACAGACAAUCGAUUCCUGGCGGCGGCGGUGGUUAUUCAAGGCCUCCUCCUCACAAAUCACACCGGGUUUGUAAAUUUUACGAAAGCGGGCGUUGCAAAAAGGGAGCAUCGUGCGACUAUUUCCACCCGUGAAUCGGCACGGGCCCAUGACCUCUACUGUGCUGCGCGGCGUUCGUUCGUUCUCCUAUUUUAUUCUUUUGGUGUGCAAAUGGAUUUGUUUAGAGGGAAGAGCAAGGCAGAUGCACCUAAUGUUUGUACCACCACUGAUAAAUCACAUUGUUAAUUUAUUAGGUAAAAUCCCAAAAUGCCCUGAACUUUUCAUUUCCUCAAAAUCAUAGCAGACUAGAAACGGGCAGGCUGACGUGUCAGAGGGGCAGGAGAGAGAAUUAUUACAAGGGUGGGUUUUGUUGUACUAAUGCUUUGUUAUGUCUUUGUAGAUAUAUGUGUUUUAGUUUGUAUGCACAAGAAGUUGAUAUGAAGACUUUGGUAAGUAUGGUUUUGUAUAGGAAUGUACCCCGAGUAAUGUUAUUUUGGCCUUUAGCGAGGUGAACUUGAUGUCUUAUUCUGAUAAGUGAUAAAUCUUCCCGAGAAUAUUUGUAACUUUAUGGUAAAUUAGUGACCAAAUUAUUUUCUAGUUAGGUACUUCUUCCAUCCCCGAAUUCUUAUCUUUGUUCACUUUUUUUAAUCAAACUGUGACUCUUUG